AUGGCCAUUUUACAUGCAGCUUCUGUCUGGCAGUAUUGGCAGAACAACAUCGUGUCCCUUCUAUUGAUCUCAACAGUGAUCUACGCAGUAGCUCUUACUAUUUACCGGCUCUAUCUUCACCCCUUGCGGUCGUUUCCUGGUCCGAGGCUUGCAGCAUGUACAUUUUGGUACGAGUUCUACUACGACGUGAUCCUAGGCGGCCAAUAUACCUUCAAGAUACGUCGCCUGCACGAACAAUACGGCCCCAUUGUGCGCAUCAAUCCGCAUGAGCUCCAUGUCUACACCCCCGAAUUCUACGAUGAACUGUACGCGGGCGCACACCGGAGGAGAGACAAGUGGUACUGGGCGACAAAAGUAUUUGCUGCGGACGAAUCCACCUUUGCGACGACCAAGCAUGAUCUGCAUCGGUCCAGGCGCGCCGCGCUGAAUCCAUUCUUUUCCAAGGCCCAGGUGAAACGAUUGCAAUGUGUGAUCCAGGAGCGAGUUGAUGCCUUCCUGGACAGGCUUCAUGUGUUUCAGCACAGCGGAGCGGUUGUGCGACUGGACAGGGCCUUCGCGGCAUACUCGGCAGAUGUGAUCAUGGAAUACGCCUUUGGGAAGUCUGAACGCAAGCUCAACGCCCCGGACUUUGAUAGCGUGUUCCACAACGCCUGCGUAAACGGUGGCAAAUCGAGUAUGCUGAUGAAGCAAUUCCCACUCAUUCUGUGGACGAUGAAGCGGAUGCCGCCCUCUCUGCUGUUGAGAUUGAAUCCAGAGAUGACCUCGUUCGUCCGCAUGCACACGGACAUCGCAAAGCAAGUCAGAGAAACCAUGACAUCUAGCAACAAUGUCAAAAGUCCACAUCCGACGAUCUUCCAGGAAAUCCUCAACAGCAAGCUGCCGCCGCACGAAAAGGCUCUGCGGCGUCUGGCGCAGGACGGCGGCGCCGUAGUCGGGGCCGGCACCGUCACCACCGCGUGGGCCAUCACCGUCGCCGUCUACCAUCUGCUCUCGCAGCCCGCGACCCUUCGCAAGCUCAAGAACGAGCUCGCCACCACGGACGCAACGGACCUCACUGACCUUGAACGGCUCCCCUACCUGGCGGCGUGUAUCCAAGAGUCCCUGAGGCUCAGUUACGGCGUCAGUUCCCGACUUGCGCGGCUGGCCCCAGACGAGGCCCUCACCUUCACCGAUCCCGAUACCCAUCGAACGUGGACCAUCCCGCCCAAUACCCCCGUGAGCAUGACCGGCCUGCUAACCUUCCAGAAUCCGUCCAUCUUCCCGCAGCCGAAGCUAUUCCGUCCGGAGCGGUGGCUGGAAAACCCCCGGCUGGAUCGGUACCAGGUGGCGUUUUGCAAGGGCAGCCGGAUGUGUCUGGGGGUGAAUCUGGCGUAUGCGGAGAUGACGCUGAUGCUGGCAUCGCUGUUUCGCCGAUACGGAUCGGCCGAGGUCAAGGCGGAUGAGGAUAUCGGGAUGUUGGAGCUUUUCGAGACAACGGCCGAAAAUGAUAUCGAGUGUUCUGUCGAUGGGUUCGUCCCACUACCCAAACCGGGAAGCAAGGGUGUUCGUGCGAGAGUGUGGCCGGUUAGGAAGAAGGUGAGCUGGGAAGGUCUGUAG